AUAGCAACUGUUGAAGUUUGGGUCUCCACAGUGGCACUGUUAAUGCAUUGUGAAUGCUAACAUAGCUAACUAUAAGUUAUUAACGUCUUAUAGCUACCGUUAGUCCGAUAGUUAGUGUGUUGAAAGACAAAAGUUCCGAAACAAAUGAAAUAGACGGAGGUGAAGAACGAUGGACACUACGGAUGGAAACCAAGACAAAAGUGAGGAGAGACUGCUGUCAGCUGCCUCGCUCAAGACUUUCAUGAUGAAAGCCAGCACGGAAAGCAACCUGAACCUCUAUGACCACCUCACCUGCUUGCUGAUAAAGGUGAUGGAUGAGCAGCCACAGAAUGUGGUGGAUGUGAUUGAGGAUAUGAGCCGGGAUGUGAAGCAGGUUUGUUUUGAAGACAAUCGGAGCACCCUGCGAGACCUUCCACAGACUACAGCUGCUGAGCUGCUGGCUGAGCAGCAGCGCCUGCUGUUUUCUCAGCCAGAAGAGACUGACCAGGAGGAGGAGCUGAUGGAAACACCGCUUCCUAAUGUGAGUGAGAUUGGCUUCUACAUGGAGCAGGCUGGAGUGGGUCUGGGCAGAGAGGAGAUGCAGAGGGUCUUCCUUGCACUCAAGCAGCUUGUGGAUUCGCAGGCGCUGCUGUGCUGCCGCUUGUGGGGCAAGAUUCUGGGAACAGAGAGUAGCUAUAUUGUUGCUGAAGCGGAGUACAGAGAAGGGGAGGAAGAGCAGAGCACUGAGGAAGUAGCUGAAGAAGAGGAGCGAAAGGCAGAUGUUCGAGAGAAUGAGAUGGAUCCACUUCCUCAUUCCACCUAUAAAGCCCUGCCAGCAGUGCCGAAGGAGGCCCUUGGAACAGGGGCUAACAAGUUUCUUUAUUAUGUGUGCAAAGAGCCUGGUCUCCCCUGGGUGAAGCUCCCUUCAGUCAGUCCUGCGCAGAUCACUGCUGCUCGCCUGAUCCGUAAAUUCUUCACUGGGAGGCUGGACACCACAGUUGUCAGCUACCCACCUUUCCCCGGGAAUGAAGCCAACUACCUAAGAGCACAAAUCGCUCGGAUCUCAGCUGGCACACAGGUCAGCCCCCAGGGCUUCUUUCAAGCUGGGGAGGAGGAAGGUGAUGAGGAAGACGAGGCACCCCGGGACAGCUACGAAAUGAAUCCUGACUUUGAGGGCGUUGCAGUUGCUGAGAUGGCUGAGUCUUUGUCCACCUGGGUGCAUCAUGUUCAGCACAUCCUGCAGCAGGGCCGCUGUACUUGGGUGAACCUAGCUGUGAAACCAGGAGAAGACUCUAAUGAGGAAGGAGAGGCUGAGGAGAAGGAAGAGGAGCCUGAUGAGCCUGAGCCAGAAGUUGGACCUCCUCUGCUCACACCCCUCUCCCAAGAUGCAGAAAUGUUCAACACUCCUCCCUGGACCUCCAAAGUGUCCUCCACUCUCACCUCUCAGCAUGCAGUAGCUGUGCUGCGUUCUAACCUCUGGCCAGGGGCACAUGCAUACGCUUGUGGAAAGAAGUUUGAGAACAUUUAUGUUGGAUGGGGUCUGAAGCAUGCAGGGGAAGGGUACAUCCCAGCUGUCCCCCCACUAGCACAGAGAGAAUAUCCCAGUGGACCAGACAUCACAGAGGCCCUGGACCCAUCGGUGGAGGAGGAGCAGGUGCUGAAAGAAGCUUUAGAGGAGCAGCAAGCUGACAAGGAAGAGAUGGAGGACUCCGACGAGCAGGAGGAGGAAGAUGACGACUGAGAACAGUUACACAUUUUACAUUUCUACGUUUUAUCUUUUAAGUAUUUAUAAGCAAGAAAUGGCCAAAUAAAUAAUUUCACUCAUCAA